UCGAUGACCAGGAAUUGCACUAUCUUACCCCAGAGAACGCCCAGGCGCUUAAAAGAAGGCGUGCUCUAUCGUGCUGCUAGACCAGAUGACGCAUCCGUCUACGACGCAACCCGUCUUCGGGAAGACCUGGGAAUCAGAUCUGUUAUUGACCUUCGUACUGAGACUGAGCUUCUCAAGCAGGCCCAGAAGGGUCAAGAAGAUCGUCGUGACGCUUCCGUUGAGAAUGAACGGUUUCCGAUUCCGAUCCCAGGGUUGAGAUACCGCCAUGUCAGCGUCGCCGGCCGCGCACUGGAGCGCCACAUGCUACGCCAGCUUUCAUGGUGGAGUUUCAUCAAAGUGAUCUUCUGCUACCUCUUUGGGUAUCGCAUCCAGGGCCUUGCUAUAAUAGCCCGGGAAGUCCUGCGUCCGCGUGGACUGAUUGGCAUGGCCUUAGACAUGUUGGACCAAUCCCAACAGGAAGUCGCCACGGUCUUGAGAUCCCUCCUCGAGCUGGAUGGGUUACCAACGCUUAUCCACUGCACCCAAGGCAAAGACAGGACGGGCCUCGUUAUCGCACUCAUCGUGAUGAUCGUGGGAGUCCCUAUGCCCGCUAUCGAACAUGAUUACGCGCUAAGCGACGUGGGUCUUGUCCAGGACAAGAAACAGAGACUUGAGGAGCUCCGGGAGAUUGACUUGCCGGAUGACUGGCACAGUACUGCUCCUGGCAUGAUCGCAGCCAUUUCAGAACAUCUAACUCAUCGAUACGGAGGCCUUAAUUGCUAUCUGGACGCCAUCGGGUUUGGACUAACCGAGAGGAGCCAACUACGUGAGCGAGUCUUAUACUAGAGCUAGAUCAUCAUUGUCGCCAGCGUAGAUGCUUCUGGGGAGUUGCAUAGCUGUGCCUGCCGUCACUUGCUUGAUACGAUGGAUAAUUGUUAUUGGGAUGGUUCCUCUCUUUUUCUAAAUCGACCCUGCAUCCAGCACCUGUACAUCUUGAGUUUGCGCGCCCGGUUGACGAGCAAUCGCCUGUCGACACCGAGGAAGUCGAUCUCGAAGCCUGGGUAGGGCUCGUCAGCUUCGUCCUCAAACUUCCCGGUCCAGAUGCACUCGAGUUCAUCUUUCUCAAAGAAGUAAACUCGGGUGCCGUCGCCCCGCACGUAGAAGUUCUCGGCCAUAUAUCGGCCCUUUUUGAACCUGACCUGCGCCAGAUCCCCUCUUCCAUAGUCUCGGAAGCAGACCUGGCCGCCAGGUUUGAGCAGGCGGUGGACAUUGGAGGCGGCCUUUUUCCAUUGAUUGGGCGCAAGGGCCGAGAAUAUGA